AGGAAUUGGAAGCUGAGCUCGUUUGAUAAUUCACUUUCAAAAUAAACAAAUUACAAAUUCUCGAACGGAGCCGUAGUAAAAAAAUCGUUGAAGAUUUUAGGCGGAAAUAUUUUAAAACAGCGUCCACAAAACAGCACAAAAAACAAAGCAACGUUCGCCGGGGAUAGACCAAAGGAUGUAAAGAUAUUUCCUCUUCAAAAAGAAACCAUGCAAUGUCCUUUGUGCAGAGAAUCUGUGGCGGAUGAAAACGCUUUGCAAGUUCACUAUCUCAUGUCGUGUUUGGGAUAUCUCGAUAACGCUUCAACAAAUAAACAAAACGAAGCUCCUCCGAGCAAAAAGUUGGUGCAGUUCAGAUGGAUCAAAUCGAAGCCAACUCUUGCUAGAGAAGUCUAUUUGAUCAGCUCUUUGGCUGGAUCUGUGAAGCUAGAUUGGCGAGUAAUUGAUGAAUGUUUUCUGUCAGAUCAAGUGGAGGUACCCCAGGGUUUGCAUGUGUGUCAAUUGGUUGUGGAUGGAGAUAUGAUGUCAACGGAUGAUUUCAGUGUUUCUGAUACAAGUCGAACUAUUGAUGUUCUGAUCUCUAAAGACUCUCCAGUUGAUGAAACAACAGGCAAUGUUUCUGAAGAAGAACAUGAAAUGGAAACCACAUCAAAUCCAGGCAAUGUUGAUGAAGCAGACGGAGAAACUGAAGUUCCAUCCACAGAGGCAGAGACAAACAGAAAAAGUUCUUUGUACAGAGAGCUUAUAACUCAUCAAAUUCUUCACGGGGAUUCUUUUGAAACUCUAACGGGUACUACUCGGCCGGAUCUCGGGGAAAGUUCGGGCUCACGGAAGGAAAGAUCGGGCUCACGGAAGGAAAGAUCGAGAGGGAACGGCGUAUCUUCGAGGAAGACUCGUGCUCCGAUAGUCAGGGACACCCAGGAUACAAGUGGGAUUGACGCGGCAUUGAUUGGCAGUGAAGAAACAACUCGGAGAAAUCCGGAUGAUUCCGAACUUCCACGAGAAAGGAAUAAUGACGCUCCAUAUCACUCGUUGAGCCCAGAGGAACUGCAGGAGUUCCUCCAGCCAACAAGACCUCGGCAAGAGAUCAGUGGUGGAGAUGACGACAGCCCUAGCAUAGUAACAGAAGAGAGAGAAUCAUCACUUUCGGACAUCAACGGUACUGAAGGAAACUUGCUAAAUCUUUCACAAGAGGAUUUUGAUGCUCGGCCGGAACUUCUCGGCCAAUCAAAUGGCGAGAACGAAGGCGAUCACGUUCGGCCUGGAACUGUUCCCCAUCCAGAUACAUCAUCAGAUCAGGGCGGCGAAGAUGACGUCGUGAUGACGACUCGUGAACAGUCGACGGUGGGUGAACGAGAGCGAUCGGUGCGUGGUCGUGAACAACCGGGCAGGGAUCGGGAACAGUCGGCUGGCGAUCGUAAACCUUUGGUUGGGGAACGUGAAUCAUUAGUUGGCGUUCGUGAAGAGUCGGUAGACGAUCGUGAAGAGUCGGCGGGCGGUCGUGAACAAGAAGCACUUCCCGUCGAACGUCGUGAGCCAUCGUCAGACCGAGAUAGAGAAAGUUUGACCAGUGGUCGUUCCGAGCAGUCUCCGAACAACGAUGGUCGUGAAAUGUCGUCUGGAAAUCGUCCGAAACCAUUACCGCGUGACCGUCACGUGGAAUCCUCGGCUGACGAUCCUGGACGUGUCGGAGACAAACGUGAGCAUUCGGGUAGCGAAGAUGAAACGUCAGGCGAGAAUCGUAAACCGUCGGGAGACGAUCGUAAAGCGUCGUCGGGCAGCCUUCGCACCGAAAACCAAGAUCCAUUGCUCGGCCACCACGAACUUACUUCGGCUGGUCUUCUGGGAAGAUUUUCCGAUGGCGACAGAGAUCGACAAUUCUAUUCCCUCCCGGCUACAACAGGAAUUUCCAUCACCAGGGGUCAAAGGCUCCCCCACCAGAGUUUCCCCACCUACUCUAAUGGAACUCAAGGACCAGACAACACUACCCCCGCCGGUAGCCAUGGGUUGGAAAGUGAUCCAAUAACGACCACCAUUUCAGAUGAUCUUCUUUUCAGAAAUCAUUCAAACAAAACCCAUCUCAGAACCAACAUCGGAUCGUUUCAAGAUAAAGACGCCCCCCGGCGUAAUACGAAGCCUCACGACGAAGCGUUAGGCGGUCAGCGGAAACACGAUGAAAGCAGGGAUACAAACGGUUCCCAUAGCAAAAGCGUACGCGAUUCUGGUAGUACCGCUGGCCGAAGCAUCGGGCGCACAAUUCCUCCGAACCAUCCCGGUAACGAAGGCAGGAAAUCGAAGCCCGCGAGUCGCGAGGUCAGCGGACAAAACUGGGACAUUGGGUCUCGAAAUGAGGACGCGGAUGUUCAAAGUGAAAGAAGUACACUUAGAAGUCGCCAUGGUAAUGCUAAAGUUCAAUAUAUUGGUUCUCAGAACGAAGAAAUGAGAAUUUCAAGCACAGAUGCAAGUACUUCAAGUAAGAUGACUCGUGACGUUCCACGUUCCAGCAAUAUCUCUGUGGGUGAAAAUUUUCCAGAGGUCUCCAGGCAUAAGCCUCAGGGAUCGUAUCUGACCGACGGUGAUGUCAAGCGUCCCCCGUCGUACACAACUAUCCCAAGUAGACCCUAUUCAUCUCCACCGUAUACUACAUCUCAAACAGCAAUCUCCCCACUGCCAUCCCCUCGAGAUGACGAAACGGCCGCGUCAAGUGCAUUGGGGUCUGGGACCAGCGGAGUCACAGUUCGUGAGACUCGUGUCUCCUCGAAAAGCAUUCUGAAUCGAGACACUCCGACGGGUUCUUCACAAAAGACUGAUAGAACUCAGGCUUCAAGUGGUGGCUCGCUGACCACAGCUGAUAAAAAAUUUACAGACGACAGCAUAAAAGAACUUCUGGAGUCUUUAAAGAAGGAGACAUCAAAAGGAAAGUCAUCUUCAAAGAGCCCUCGAGAUGAAGUCAGCAGCACUAGUGAAAUUCCUACAUUGAAAACUAGACUCACAGAGCAGGAAGAACUGAUCAAAAAGUUGAAAGCCAAACGCUCUGAUGACAAGAAAGUGAUCGAGGCACUUCGAGAAAAGGAAAUCCAGUUAACGAAAGCUCUAUCGUUGGCUGAGGGGAAUAAAAAAGCGUUGAAAGACCAAGAGGAAAUUGCAAGCCAGUUAAUGGAUGCUUUGGGUGACAAGGAAAAGGAAUACGCUGAACUGGAAACACAAGCUCUUGAUUUGAAGCGGCAACACAAGCGAUUGAUUGGCGAGAUUGAAGAAAUGAAGAAAAAAUACGAAAAGAAAAUUCAUGAUUUGAGGAGUAUUAAUGUUUCUCUGGAAGAUAAGAUUAAAUCUCAUCAUGAAACGUCUAAACCCAAAUCCCCAAGACACACAGAAGAAUACAAACAGCUACUUGAGUCUUGUAUGAAAUCUCGGGCUGUUGCCGCAAGUCUCGAAGACCAAGUGGAAGCAUUAAAGAAAGAAAAUAAAGAUCUCAAAGAUAAACUGGAUUUGUCGCGAGAAGACAUCUCGAAACGUACCAGAGCAAACUACUCAUCUUCACCAGACAGAGGCAUGGGAACAAGUCGUGAGGAGCAAACGUCUACUUCGAUGAAUGGUUACCUGGAUACCAACGAAUCGUCAUCUUUCGUUGGUCGACAGCAGUUCGAUAGUCGGCAUAGUCCAACCGAUACCCGAGCACGCGCCGAAAACGACCGAUAUCUAUCGUAUGCGUCACGAUAUUCGCCGAGUGAUUCGCGACACCCUUACGACGAUCACCGAACAUCGUACGAAAGUCGACGACAUCUACCGGAGAGUGCCAAUACACGCCCGACUCACUCACGACCAGAAUCCGAAUCAACCCGAAGCCAUUUUGAGACUCAUCAACGAAGCCGGUCCGGAAGAUCCCGAGACCGAUCCGAUGUUCAUGCAUAUGAAAGUCCCGAAACAAGUCCUCGCGUUGAAAAGCAUCGAAGUCGGCAGUCGAGAAGUCGCGAACGUAGCACGAUGUUUGACGAUCUUUCACCGUCGGAAAUCGCCGGAGUGGAUUUCAGGACUCCGUAUUCCAGACGCAGCCACAGCACAGACGCUAUUAGAAAUGUUCACCGCGACCAGGACAAGAUUUCGCCCAGUCAAGAAAGAGGAAGCCAAGAGCUGGACCGAAGAAGUAAAGAUAGAUCAGGUUUACAUCGUACAGGCUCCUCUGGCAAUCUUCGCAGUUCAAGAUUUACGUCCUCAGAUCUAACAGACGACUUCACCCUGACCGGCGAAGGCCUGGGUUCAACUCCCUCCCCAGAGACAGCAUCAUCCCGGAAAUCCAGUCCCGGGAAAGGAACCCCAUUCGCCCCUGAUAGCCCGCGACAGUUGGAUGUGGGAAUGUCUGUGUUAGUCACUCGACACAGAGGAAAAUUAAGUCGUGGAGUAGUUCGAUAUAUUGGAUAUCUUCCUGAAAAACUAAACAAGAUAUACAUUGGGCUCGAGCUUGGAGAUUCAGAUGGUAAGCAUGACGGCAAAUUUAAUGGCCAAAGAUUUUUCAAAUGCAAACAAAACCACGGUGUAUUUUUCUUUUGA